UAUAGCUAGGGCAUCCAGGUAAUUCCAGCCCAACAGUCAAAACCCUAGACCGGGGUGACCCAGCCGAGUGGAAGCCCAUGACAGGGCUACAAGACUGGCCUUUACCGCCCAAGCCACGUGGAUAGCCCAUAGAGACGAUGACGUGUACGUGUAACCGUAGCCUCCAUAUAAAUACCACCUCUUCGUCCUCAUCCAUUCUCCUCCUGUUUCUCUCUCCACCGAUACUGAUAAAUUACACCCAGCCAAUCGAUACGCACAUCGCGCUGUAUUCACGAAUCAGAAAACACAAUCUAGGAUUCAGCUCUCUCCCUCUCUCUAGGGUUUACUCGAAGAUCGGAUCGGAUUGCGGCUUUCUCGCUCCAUCUCUCUCUCUCUUGGCUCGAGAUCCGAGCCAAGCACGGAACAGCCGAACAGCCCCUUCUUAGAGAGAGAUUUGCAUUUUCGGUGGUGGCCGAUUAGGGUUUCGAUUCGAUCGCGCUCACUCGUUCUCUCUCUACUCUCCAAGUGCAGAGAGGAUUUUGUGAGUGUAAAUGGCGUCGAGCGAGGGUUUCUUGACGGAGGAACAACGAGAGAGGCUGACUAUAGCGACGCAGAAUUCCGAGGUGCUCUCGUCGUCGCCGAAGUCGCCAUCGUCUCUGCUCUCCGAACAUCACAUAAAAGCUCCGGCCGGAGGUAAAGGGGCGGUCGGGGUGGCAGGGAGGCACGUGCGUCGUACUCACUCCGGAAAGCUUGCGCGAGUGAAGAAGGAUGGUGCUGGUGGCAAGGGCACCUGGGGCAAAUUGCUUGACACGGAUGGUGAAGCUCAUCUCGAUCGAAAUGAUCCGAACUAUGACAGUGGCGAGGAACCAUAUCAGCUUGUUGGAUCAACUGUCAGUGAUCCCCUGGAUGAUUACAAGAAAGCCGUGGUUUCCAUUAUAGAGGAAUACUUCAGCACUGGUGAUGUGGAGCAGGCAGCAUCUGACCUCAGAGAACUGGGCUCUACCCAGUACCUUCCUUAUUUUGUGAAGAGACUUGUUUCCAUGGCCAUGGACAGGCACGACAAAGAGAAGGAAAUGGCUUCAGUUCUUCUUUCGGCUCUAUACGCUGAUGUCAUUAGCUCAUCUCAGAUUUGCCAGGGUUUUGUUAUGCUCCUUGAGGCCGCAGAUGACCUUGAAGUGGACAUACUUGACGCUGUCGACGUCCUUGCUCUGUUCAUAGCUCGUGCCGUGGUGGAUGACAUCCUGCCUCCAGCUUUUCUCACAAGGGCAAAGAAAACAGUGUUGGAGACCUCCAAAGGGUUUCAAGUUCUCCAAACUGCAGAGAAGAGCUAUCUCUCUGCUCCUCACCAUGCUGAACUUGUCGAGCGGCGGUGGGGCGGCACCACCCACAUUACAGUCGAGGAAGUGAAGAAGAAGAUAUCAGAUCUCUUGAGGGAGUAUGUGGAGAGUGGAGACACUUCUGAGGCGUGCAGGUGCAUAAGGGAACUGAGCGUAUCAUUCUUUCACCAUGAGGUUGUUAAAAGGGCUUUGGUUCUUGCCAUGGAGACCCGAACGGCAGAACCGCUCAUACUCAAGUUGUUGAAGGAAGCAUCGGAAGAAGGCCUCAUUAGUUCCAGCCAAAUGGCAAAAGGGUUUUCCCGGUUAGCCGAAAGCCUGGAUGAUCUUGCUCUCGAUAUUCCGUCUGCAAAAUCCUUGUUUGAAUCUUUGGUUCCCAGGGCAAUUUCUGAAGGUUGGCUUGAUGAGUCAUUUUUGAAAUCCUCUUUUGAGAACGGAGAUGUAGAAAACAAGGAUGAUGAAAAGGUGAGACGAUAUAAGGAAGAAGUUGUGUCGAUCAUCCACGAGUAUUUCCUCUCUGAUGACAUACCGGAACUCAUUCGGAGCCUUGAAGAUCUUGGGUCUCCUGAGUUCAACCCAAUCUUCUUAAAAAAGCUAAUCACCCUCGCCAUGGACAGAAAAAACAGAGAGAAAGAAAUGGCUUCUGUUCUACUAUCCGCCCUUCACAUCGAGAUCUUUUCAACGGAAGACAUAGUCAAUGGUUUCUUCAUGCUUUUGGAAUCAGCAGAAGAUACAGCUCUUGACAUUCUGGAUGCAUCUAAUGAGCUCGCUCUUUUUCUGGCUAGGGCUGUGAUCGAUGACGUCUUGGCUCCAUUAAAUCUGGAAGAGAUUGGCUGCAAAUUGCCACCAAAUUGCAGCGGAAGUGAGACCGUGCACAUGGCCCGUUCGCUUAUAGCAGCACGCCACGCUGGCGAAAGGAUAUUGAGGUGCUGGGGUGGCGGGACUGGUUGGGCGGUGGAGGAUGCAAAGGAUAAGAUACAGAAGCUUCUGGAGGAGUACGAGAGUGGUGGCGUGGUGAGCGAAGCUUGUCAGUGUAUUCGGGAUCUGGGAAUGCCUUUCUUCAACCACGAGGUUGUGAAGAAGGCUUUGGUAAUGGCCAUGGAAAAGAAGAACGAUCGGAUGCUGGAUCUGCUGCAGGAGUGCUUCGGCGAAGGGCUGAUAACAACCAAUCAGAUGACUAAGGGGUUUUCCAGGAUAAAGGAUGGGAUGGACGAUUUGGCACUUGACAUACCGAACGCGGGGGAGAAGUACGAGUUUUACCUAGAGCAUGCGAAGAAGAGAGGGUGGCUCGUGCCCACCUUUGGUUCUGGCGCAGUCGAUGCUUGUUGAGAAGAAACGCGACAGCUUCUAGUUUGUUUCUCUGAUCUAAUGUUGUUUCUCUUUUUAUCCGCUUGUUAGUACUCUUUUAACCCGUGCGCCUGUGCUCAGAGGUGGAUUAGAUAUGAGAUACUAUUUGGAUUCCUUCAGAUGCUUCUUUUUACUCCAGGUUUGAUGGGAUUCUGAAUGUAAAAAUUUGGUCUUCUUUUGCCA